UUUCUCUCACUUUUCACCCCAUUUUCUACACUCUCUUUGUUGAUCUAAUUAGGGUCACCUUAUCUCUCCCCCGACAUGGCUUCCGAUCCCUCCGAGGAAGCCAUCUCCGACUUUGUCAACUUCACCAGCACCUCCCGUCAACAGGCCGUCAACUUCUUAAAAGCCCAUGGCUGUGAUCCCCAGCGAGCCGUCAAUGCAUACUUUGAAGAUCCCACCGGGCCCCAGAUACAGGGCCCCUCCUAUCAAAACCACCCCGAUGUCCCGUCCUUUCAGAUCGAACACUCGGAUCCCAUCCCGCCCUCAACCGCCCCAACCCGCCCUCCGUCCACCGUAAACCUCAACGAGCAAGCCCAGUCCGAUUACCAACCCCCGAAGCCGGCAACCCCGCAGAAUACCCCUGAUCCAAACAAACGCAUGACCCUCGCGGAGCAGGAGGAACGGGAACUGCAGCAGGCGGUCGCAAUGUCGUUGAACCAGAACCUCGGGCAGCAGGAAACGGGCGUCAUGUCCAGCAAUCAGAACUUCAACCGCGCGACUCGCGACCAUUACGACGAAGGCGAAUGGGCCAUGACCCUCUUCAAUUCCAGCGCCCAGGAGAUCAUCAUCAGUCCCGACCCCACGGAUCGCAAGCGCGCCGCGAACGAGCCGGCAUUUCUCCGUCCAUCUCAAGAUGGCCUCCAUCUGGGUGGGCUCCUGACCAUCUUUCAUUCAAUCCCGCUCGCCCGAGAAGCUCUCUUGUAUCGCAACCGUCUGCUUUCCAACUACGGUCAUGAUUCCCAAUGGUGGAACGGACAGCCGAUCAGCCUCCCCAAGAUCGUGUCCCUGCAGGAUGCGCCCGAUGGCGACACCGACUGGGAUGAUAUCAUCUACGAGACGCAGCGAGUGGUCGCGUUUCUGGACUCGACGACGCGCGCCUUUGGGAGCGUCGAUGCGCUGGCCAGUCUGAAGAGCAUGUCUAUCUACGAACCCGAGUCCAGCACUAGCCAGUUUCUGGAGAGCUGGCAAGCCGCCGCUCUUCGCGCCGACCCGGGCAACCAGUUGGCGACGGUGUUCUCAUCUACGGCUCACAAGCGGCCCCUGUCGAUGUACGACACGCCUGACGAGAAGGACUUCCUGCGGCUGGAGUCGUAUACCGAACCCGAUCACGACCAGACCCUCUACGACGUCCUGGACCGCACAGUGUGGCAAGAUCGACCCGGGGAGGAGCUGGAUGACACGUGGCUGGAACAUGUGGCCGAGGUCCUCACCAUGAAGCUGGAGAGCUCGGACAGUGACAAGCCCGUCUCCGUCAAGAUCCCCGCGGUCUUCUACCCGGAUCGCUACCUGUCCAGCUGCCGAGAGAUUGCCCGGGAGUUCCGCACACGGCACCUCCAAGUCAAGGAGGAUCUCUUCAACUUGGAGACUCUGACCCACCGCCUGUCGGUCACCAAUUCCAUCGUGCACCGAGGGAUGACGACCAAGGAAACGCUGGAGAAGGCUGCGGCGGCCGCGACGAUGUUCCUCCCCAAGAGCAUGGCCGGCCAGGCCAGUCCGAUGACGCCCGAGGCCGCCCAAGCGGAUGCCCAGCGUCUGGCCAAUGACCUCCGAUCCGUCUCUGAGAAGGUUGAACACAAACUCAAAGAACUCGAGUCGAGAAAGCAGAGCGCCCUGGAGGCUCUCCGAGGCUAUACGAAGACCCUCACCGAGCCUACAUCCUCUUCGUCCGAGCCACCCCACCACAAGUACACGUUGCGUGGUGUGUGUACCGAACCGCACAUCACCUACGUCUUGCGGCCGCGGACGGACACCGACGACCCGACGCACGAGUGGCAGUGGUGGCGGAUCAGCUUUUCCACCGAAGACGCCAAAGCCCGCCAAGCCGAGAUGGGCCAGGGAUGCCACGGCGCCUCGAGGAGCGCCGACGUGAUCGGAUAUACCGCCCGCAAGGUGCGGGAGAUCGAGGUGCUCCGAGCAGCACGCGAAGAGUCCAAGAACGUUCUGCUGGUGUAUGCGAAUAGCAAUGCGGUGAACUUCAAAGGCGGGCCGGCUCCGCCCCAGCUUCAGCAAUUUGUCGAUGCGGACAAUCGGGCGUUUGCAGCCGAAUUCUCAGACCAGCCAGUCGGCACAGGUGAGUCGACCGCGGUGGCCACUGAUGAUCGGGAAGACGAAAAACAUCACACAUCGUCAGCGGUGCCCACUGCGGAAAACAUCCAAAAAGUGAACGUCUUCGACUACCAGGUGCAGUCAUUUGAGGACGAUCGGUCGGGACAGGAGAUGCAGGAACGAGGGCGGCCCUUGUUAAGCGGGAGUCAUCCUGGAGACAGCAAGAUGGGGGAUAGCCAGACGUGGGAGAGCCCGAACACAUGA